UGUUCAUCGUGCCAACGGCGAUUUCUUCUCCGUGAGCGCGCGCGUAUGCCCCCGAUUCCAGUGAACGAUCUCAUCUUGAAUUCCAGAUCCAUGGAGGAAGAGUAAGGAAGCUGCUGACCUAAUUUCCUGAUACUGGAGGUUAGCCAGAGAUGUCUCAACGGCGAGCUUUGCUAGGAUUCAGAUCUUCAUUUUCCGCCCCCUGUUUGAACGGUGUUGACAGUAGGAGAUCAUCAGCCAUCAUCGGGAAGCAUUAGAGAGGUCUCUCUGGUGGUUCUUGACUCGACUCUAGCCGCCAUCAGCGCCCCAUCAGCAAGCAACUGCUGAGCACAGAUUUGAAUCGUAGAUCCAGGUCUCAACGAUUCAGCUUAGAUCUGAACUUGUGCUUUGCUAGGGAGGUUUCUUUGGUCAAGAUCAGCGAGUUUCAUAUCUGAACUCAGAUCAGCUGCGUUCCUUUUCUGCCUUGCUGGGUUUCAAAUUUGAGGUUUCAAAUGAGGACUCUUGUGUGACGACAAGAGUUGUGAUUCAAGAAUUGGUUGUGAUUGGAAUUGGUUUAGAUUUGAUUUUGCAUUUCAUUACUGUUUUAGAAUAGAACUUGAACUUACUUGUUGCAGAUUUGAGCACAUAGAUUAGUUUCUGUCCAGAUUUGAUAAAGUAAAUUCAGUAGAUUCUGUUUAGUGCAAUUCAUUUCUAUUCUUGUCUUGAUACAGUAAUUUCAGUGAGUUUCUGUUUCGUGCAAUUAGUUUCCAAUCUUUAGCAGUAAAGAGUAGUUGUUGUUUGAUUGCAAUUAUUUUUACUUGCUUAGAAUUACUUGAAUCGUUUCAAUUUUGAGUAGUUGACAAUUUUAGAAAAUUUCUUUGUUUUUACUCCACAUCAGAUUUUAUUCAUUAGUGCGUAACUCAAAUUAGCCAAUCUAGCUUAGGAAUAAAUGAAUACCAUAACACCUAUUCUAUUGAGAAAACUCCAAAAACAAUCCUAAGUCUAAAACGAAUAUUCGUCUACUAGUUUCCUUGAGAGACUCGACCUUGGCUUUAUACUGCAACAAUCUGGAGUAGUUGAGAGUUUUCAAGAUUAAUUAAUUUAGAGUUCAUUCGUGACAACCAAUAGGAACUUACCAAAUUUUGGCACCGUUGCCGGGGAAGCUAGUAGAGUUUGUUUGUUUUUCGAUUGUGCAUAGUUUAUUUUUUUUUCUUUGUUUUCAUUUCCUUGAUUUUAGUGUCUAUCUACUUUUAUUCUAACCGUUUAUUUUUUGGUUGUAUGACCAGGUCCUCGUGUGAUAAGUUACUCGAUCUUGAUCCAGAGAUUGAGAGAACCUUCAGAGCUUUGAGAAUUCAAGAGAAAAUAUCAGAGGACUUAGAAAGUUCUUUAGCAUCUUCAGAUACCCCCAUGGCUGAUCAUAGUAGAACAAUGAAGGAGCUUGCAUCUCCUGAUGAGACUUUCAAGUAUUCAUGUAUCACUUAUCCAACUCUAGCUGGUGAUAUUGAGCUGAGAUCAGGAUUGAUUCAUUUGCUUCCAAAAUAUCAAGGAUUUUUUGGAGAAGACCCAAACAGACAUUUGCAUGAAUUCCAUGUGGUUUGUUCAACCAUGAAGCCACAAGGAAUUUCAGAAGAGAAUAUCAAGCUAAGGGCUUUUCCAUUUUCACUUACUGGAGUAGCAAAAGAUUGGUUGUAUUAUUUGCCACAAAGAUUUAUUACUUCUUGGAUUGACAUGAAGAAGGCUUUCUUGGAGAAAUUCUUUCCGGCCUCGAGGACUGCAACUAUUAGGAAAAGCAUCUGUGGGAUUCAACAAGUGGUGGGAGAGACACUUUAUGAUUAUUGGGAGAGAUUCAACAAACUAUGUUCAAGUUGUCCUCAACACCAAAUCAGUGAGCAGUUGCUAGUCCAAUACUUCUAUGAGGGUUUGUUAGCUAUGGACAGAAGUAUGAUAGAUGCAGCGGUUGGAGGAGCUUUAGUGAACAAAACUACAGAGCAAGCAAGGGAACUGAUUUCGAACAUGGCUGAAAAUUCACAGCAAUUUGGAAGUAGAGCACUCACUACUAGAGGAGUUGGUGAAGUUCAAAUGGUUUCUAAUGAACAAAAAGAGAUAAGGAACUCAUUGAUGGAAUUAACAUCAUUGGUGAAACAAUUGGCCUUGAACAAUGCUACUCAAUCUUCUAUGGUUCCAAAUGUGUAAUUUCCAUGUAAACAAAGUGUAGUUUGUAGCAUUUGUUCGAGUCAAGAUCACCUUUCAGAACUUUGUCCAAAUCUCCAUCAGGAUGAAUCUUUGGUAGCCUUCUCUAGAGCUCAAUUCCAACAAAAACAUGACCCUUAUUCAUCCACAUACAAUCCGGGGUGGAGAGAUCAUCCGAAUUUGAAGUAUGGGAAUUCAUUCUAUCAACAACCAUCUUCAAAUCAACAAUUCCAGCAACCUAAUCAGUAUUUCGAGCAAUCUCAGCAGGGUUUCCAGCAUUAAAAUCAGCAUGUCCAGCACCAUUACCACCCUACAAAUCAAUUCCAGCAACAAUUUCAGCCCUAUCAGCAGUUUCAAAAUCAGAAUCAGCAUUAUCACUCCCAAAAUCAGAAUUUUCAGCAAGGGUAGAAUUUUUCACAGCAAGCACUUCCAGCACCAACGAGGUUGAGUUUAACUCAAGGAGGUUUUAGUAAUGCUUCUAAUUCUGAUUAACAGCAAGCUAUAUUGGAGGAAUUAAUGCAGCAAAUUCUUCAGCAGCAACAAAAUCAGCAAAGGACAAGCAGCAACAAAAUCAGCAAAGGACAGAUUCUACUCUUCAAAACUUAGAAAGGCAGAUUGGGCAAUUGACUUCUAGCAUUAAUCAGAUUCAAGCUCAGGGAUCGAGUUAAUUGACAUCUCAAACAACUUCGAAUCCUAAAGGGAACGUUAGUGCAUUAACUUUAAGGAGUGGGACAAAGGUUUCAGAAUCUUCAAGAGGAGGAGCUGUUGCUGAAAAUUUUCCAGAAAUCCAGUCAUCUAGUUCCAGCGAUGAAGAAUUUCCAGAAGUGCAGAAUGUGCGAGUUUCAAGUUCUAAUCCAAUUCACAUUGAUCCAUUGGGUUUGGAGCAUUCACAAGGAGGUGGAAAUUUGAUGCCAUAAUUUUCCAGCAAAUUUUGUCCAACUAAACAUUUUCCAGCAGCAAGUCCAGAUUCCAGCAAAUCUGGAAAUUCAGGAAAUCAAAGUUUAGUUCAGAAAGAUGUCGAGCCAAGUAUCCCAUUGCCUUUUCUUCAAUGAAAAACUCAACCAAGGAGGGAUGUAGAAGAGGAAAAAGCUAAGGAAUUUCAAGAGCUUGUGAACCUAUUUAGCAAGGUAGAGGCAAAUGUUCCUUUACUCACAAUGAUCAAGCAAAUUCCAAAAUAUGCAAAAUUUUUGAAGGAUCUUUGUGUGCACAAGAAGAAGUUGAAGGGGAAUGAGCUGAUUAGCAUGGGUAAGAAUGUGUCUGCACUUCUUCAAACGGUUCCUCAAAAAUGCAAAGAUCCUGGAGUGUUUACAGUUCCUUGCGAGAUUGGGAGUAGUCUUUUUAAGGGUGCCAUGCUGGAUUUGGGAGCUUCAAUUAAUGUGAUGCCAAAAUCAGUUUUUCAGACAUUAGGGAUUGGACCAUUACAACCUACAGAAGUAGUCAUUCAGUUAGCUGACCGCAGUCAGACUCACCCAGCUGGAGUUAUUGAAGAUGUAUUGGUGAAGGUGAGAGAACUUAUCUUUCCUGCAGAUUUUUAUAUCCUUGACAUGGAGGGAGAUUAUCUAUCCAGUAGAUCUCCACUUAUUCUAGGACAACCAUUUUUGAAGACUGCAAGGACAAAGAUUGAUGUUUAUGCGGCCACACUUUUUAUGGAGAUAGGAGACACAGUGGUCCAAUUCAGAGAAGCAUCCUAGAGAGGAUCAUUCUAUUCUUAGUUUGGAUAUCUCAGAGGAGCUGGAUAGUAUAGAAUUCUUCUCGGAAUUUGAUUCAGAUUCAGAUUUGGCAGAAGUUGAAAAAGGUGGUGUACCAUCUACAGCUUUGGAGGAUAUUUUAGACUUGGUAAUGGAUGAUGUGUCCUGUGGAGUAUUUCCGAGUGAAAGAGAUGAUUUAUGUGUAGGGGAUUGCUUAGGAGAAGCUCUAUCCCUAGGAUCGCUCAAAGAAGAAGAAGUAUGCGUAGGGGAUUGCUUAGGAAGAGCAUUACCCCUAGGAUCGCCUUCUAUUGAUCAGACACAGAAUGAGUUGAAGUCGUUGCCUUCACAUUUAAAAUAUGCUUACUUAGGAGAGAAUCAACAGUUUUCUGUCAUCAUAGCCCAGAAUCUAAAACUAGAACAAGAAAGCAGAUUAUUAGAGAUUCUGAGACAGCACAAGAAGGCCAUUGGAUGGACUUUAGCAGAUAUUUCUGGUAUCAGUCCUUCUAUUUGCAUGCACAGGAUUUACUUGGAGGAGGAUGUGAAACUAGUGAGACAGCCCCAGAGGAGACUUAACCCACUGAUCCUUGAUGUAGUAAAGAAAGAGGUGACUAGACUUCUACAGGCAGGUAUCAUUUACCCUAUUUCUGACAGUAAGUGGGUAAGUCCCAUCCAUGUGGUUCCAAAAAAAUCAGGGGGACAGUUGUGGCUAAUGAAGAGAAUGAGUUAGUGCCCACCAGAGUGAAGAAUUCUUAGAGAGUUUGUGUGGACUAUAGGAAGUUGAACCAAGCAAGCAGAAAGGACCACUACCCCUGCCUUUUAUUGAUCAGAUGUUGGAGAGACUGGCGGGGAAGUCACAUUAUUGCUUCCUUGAUGGCUACACUGGAUAUUUUCAUAUUUGCAUUGACCCAGAGGAUCAGGAGAAGACUACCUUCACUUGUCCCUUCGGUACAUUUGCGUACAGACGGAUGCCAUUUGGACUAUGCAACGCUCCAAGAACCUUUCAUCGAUGCAUGGAUUCUACAGGAGGUUUAUUAGGGACUUUAGUAAGAUUGCUCUUCCACUGUCUCAGCUUCUUCAGAAAGAUGUGGAGUUUCAGUUUGAUCAGAGGUGCAAGGAAGCUUUUCAGAGAUUGAAGGAGGCUUUGAUUUCUGCACCUAUCAUCAGGCCACCGGAUUGGACUUUACCAUUUGAGCUUAUGUGUGAUGCUUCAAAUUUUGCCAUAGGGGCAGUACUUGCACAGAGAGUAAAGGGAGCACCGCAUGUGAUCUGUUAUGCAUCGAAGACCUUGGAUUCAGCUCAAGAAAAUUACACCACGAUAGAAAAACUUUGAAGUUUCUCCUCAAGAAGCCAGAUGCCAAGCCCAGAUUGAUUAGAUGGAUGCUUCUCCUCCAGGAGUUUGAUUUGGAGAUACGAGAUAGGAGUGUUGGUUGCUACUCAGAAAACCUAAUGGUUCCACUGUACAAAAAUUUUAUACAAAGAUCACUUGAGCAGAAUUGAAGGAGACAUGGACCAUACGGCUAUUGAUGAUGACUUUAGAGAUGAGCAGCUCUUUCGGAUGCAUGGUGAGUUACCAUGGUAUGCGGAUCUGGUAAAUUUUUUGGAAUGGAUUCCUUGGACUAAACGGAUAUGGAUUGGGCCCGAUCCAUUAAAUUGAACUUUCCUCUUGAGCUAACCCAUGUCAAACCUUCUCACCAAAUCCCUAAUUCCUCCUUAAACCAAACCUAAACCAAAUGCAAAUCCUGGUUCAAACCAUGGUAUAAAACCCAAAAAAAUCGUGGAUGAACAGUGGUUGCGCUAUUGUUCAUCAUGCCAACGGCGAUUUCUUCUCCGCGAGUGCACGCGUAUGCCCCCGAUUCCAGUGAACGAUCUCAUCUUGAAUUCCAGAUCCAUGGAGGAAGAGUAAGGAAGCUGCUGACCUAAUUUCCUGAUGCUGGAGGUUAGCCAGAGAGGUCUCGACGACGAGCUUUGCUAGGAUUCAGAUCUUCAUUUUCCGCCCCUGUUUGAAUGGUGUUGACAGUAGGAGAUCAUCAGCCAUCAUCGGGAAGCAUUAGAGAGGUCUCUCUGGUGGUUCUUGACUCGAAUCCAGCCGCCAUCAGUGUCCUAUCAGCAAGCAACUACUGAGCAUAGAUUUGAAUCGUAGAUCUAGGUCUCAACGAUUCAGCUUAGAUCUGAACUUGUGCUUUGCCAGGGAGGUUUCUUUGGUCAAGAUCAGCGAGUUUCAGAUCUGAACUCAGAUCAGCUGCGUUCCUUUUCUGCCUUGCUAGGUUUCAAAUUUGAGGUUUCAAAUGAGGACUCUUGUGUGAUGACAAGAGUUGUGAUUCAAGAAUUGGUUGUGAUUGGAAUUGGUUUAGAUUUGAUUUUGCAUUUCAUUACUAUUUUAGAAUAGAACUUGAACUUACUUGUUGCAUAUUUGAGCACAUAGAUUAGUUUCUGUCCAAAUUUGAUAAAGUAAAUUCAGUAGAUUCUGUUUAGUGCAAUUCGUUUCU